AUGGCGGCGUAUGCAUCCUCGUCCUCCGUAUCCUCACACACGGCUUCCACCUCAGCCAGCGCUCGAAGCAGUUGGACCGACCCUCGAGACUUGACACCGCGCCCAGGCCCGGGCGCAGGAAAAGUCUUCCCUCACCUCAAGGACAUUAUUCAAGAUGCCACCUCUUCUGUCCAAGUAGACGCCUCGCUUCCUCAAUACCUGCACGAAGUCGAGAGUUCUACCACUGUGGCCAAAAGCUCUGUCGAAUUUGGCCGCCACGACCUGGCUUACAAGAGUUAUAUGCGGGCAUACGAAAUCGCAGUUAAUCACAUUCCAAAACACAAGGAUUUCGGGUUCUGGGAUAACAACCCACAGUGGCGGGCGAAGUACAAGGUUGCUCUUCAGAAACUGGUGGACAUGGAGUCACAGAUGACCCAGAUCAAGGCUCUAAUCGAGGAUAACAAUGCCCGCCACGGAACCCAACCACAGUCUCGUGCCAUGUCCAGAAAACCCGUCUACUCAACAGGGUUCGGUAUCCCUCAGAAUCUGAUCCCGGGCCGACCUACCUCUUCCGACAGCAAUGAAGUCCCUCCAAGUUCGACCUCGCCAAAUUCAUCCGCAGACUUGCCUGACUCGCUUCGAAUCCCUCGAGCACGUCCGUCAAGCAAACCAAAGCCCGAGAGUCUACAAGGUCGACCUUUGACUGAAGCGGCCAACGACCUCACUCAAAGAUUCGCGAAGCUUAGAGGUCCAGGAAAUGCUACGGAACACUCGACCUUACUGUUUAUGCCCAAAGCGGGAGAUUUUCAGCAGGGAGCAGGAUACAACUCACAAUCAUAUCCCAAUGAUACCUCUAUUUCGCGAUCCGUUGCUCCUCGAUCGAUUCCUGCUUUCAGUAACGGACCUAUAGUGCCACCAAAGGUACCAGCUGCCCCGCCAAAGGUGCCAAUUGAGACCUCUAUGGCUUUGCCGAAGCCUCCCAGUCCUACAUACAGCCCGAUCAACACUACAUCCGCCAAUUUCCAUGCAAACAACCAUAGGCUUUCGGCAGAAGUUGGCCGUCCACCCACGGAGAGGAGGCAGACUUACUACAAUCAAUCGCAGAAUUCAUCCACCGCUUCAUUACAAUUGCAGAGGACUCGUGACGAGCUCUCUGCCCCUUAUCGACCGACCACUCCGAAUGGAGUCAAUUCCGCCAUCAUCCCGAAGAAUAGCUCGAGUGAUCUCCCUCAUCAGACAUCAAUCGAUGCUGCCACCCUGCAGGACUACAUGAAGAGGUACAACGUGUUACUGAUAGACAUCAGAGAGAGAUCUUUGUUCGACGAAGGACACAUCAUGUCAGCGUCGGUCAUAUGUAUAGAGCCGAUCUCUUUAAAAGAAGGGGUCUCAGCAGAGGAACUUGAGGACCGACUGGUGCUGGCGCCGGAUAACGAACAGUCACAUUUCUCUCGCAGAGAUGAAUUCGACCUAGUCGUUUAUUAUGAUCAGUACACGAGCGACGUUUCCUACCUCAAGGGUCCACCAAUUAUGACCAAAGCCCCGGCAUUGAGAGCACUAUAUGAUACAUUGUACGAAUUCAAUGACACGAAGCCUCUCAAAGAUGGUCGACCACCUGCCUUACUGGCUGGUGGUCUUGAUGCGUGGGUGGAUCGUAUGGGAAUUCAUUCACUUGCCCGGUCAAGGACUGCUGCAACGCUGGGUAUUACGCGGCAAAGACCCGUCGGCCCUGGUCGGCCUAUCGCACGACAACGAAUGGUUUCGGCCAAUUCUCGCUAUGAAGUUCGAAAUAGGCGUCUCCGUGACCACAAAUUUCUGGAUGAGAGCGAGCAAGAAGCAUGGCGUCAGCAGGCACUUCAGGAAGAAGUGACUCCGGUCGAGAAGCAUGACACCGCAAGCGAUGAGGAGUAUUCGGUGGUAGAGGAAGAGCCUGAGCCUCCGUCGCCAUUCAUACCCGAUUACGAGACAUUCUUGCGCCGGUUUCCUUCAAUUCAACAGCAGGAAUCCAUGGUUAUGCCGGCUCGACGACCUGUUCCGUCUCAUCACGCUGCAUUCGUCCCUCAAAUUGCACCACCUGCCGUUCCUCAAGUGCCCGCAAGGCCCGCACCUGCAAUACCCAGACCGAGCUAUUCAGGCCAUGCUGAUAUCAAUGCGCCCCAACCAGCGCUGGCUCGAGUGACGUCCGCAACUCGGCCGCCUCUGUACUCAACAGUAACAUCCCUGCGCAGACGGUUGCCCAAGACUGGUCUCACAAACUUCGGCGUCACUUGUUACAUGAAUUCAACCCUACAGUGUCUAUCUGCGACUAUUCCCUUGUCGAACUUCUUCAACGAUCGACUCUACGAGGGGUAUGUACAGCGCAACUGGAAGGGCAGUAAUGGCAUCAUGCCUAAGCUCUAUGCCAACUUGAUCCAAGCCGUCUGGCAGGGAGAUACUGAAGUGAUCAAACCGUCAACAUUUCGAAACUUUUGUGGCCGCAUGAAUCGAGAAUGGGUAAUAGACCGACAGCAAGAUGCGAAGGAAUUCUUCGACUUCCUUGUCGAUUGCCUUCACGAGGACUUGAAUGUCAACUGGGAACGAACACCUCUUCGGCCAUUGACGACUGCAGAGGAAAUGCAGAGAGAGCGGAUGGAAAUUGCACGAGCCAGCCCAAUCGAGUGGAAACGCUACGAGCAUAGAGACCACAGUUAUAUGUCUUCGUUAUUCGCCGGCCAACAUGCCUCACGCCUGCGUUGUCUCACUUGCAAGCGCACGUCGACCACAUACGAAGCAUUCUACAGCAUCAGCGUGGAAAUUCCUCGAGACCGCGCAGCCCAUAUCUACGAUUGUCUUGCUUCAUACUGCCGGGAGGAAAAACUGUCGGAGCUUUGGCGAUGUCCAUAUUGCAAGUGCGAGCGUGAAGCCACCAAGCAAAUCAUCCUGACUCGCCUGCCACAGUUCCUGGUGAUACAUUUCAAGCGAUUCGCCGCUUCAAAGCACGAAAAGGCCAAGAAAAUCCACACGCCCAUCGAAUUCCCAUUGCACAAUCUAAGUAUGGAUGAUUUUGUGAUCCCGCGACCACCCGCGUUGCCGGAUCAAGAUGGGCGAAUGAAUAUGGAGCUUGCCACGACACCACCGUAUACAUACGAUGCAUACGGGGUUCUGAGACACCUGGGGAAUAGUGGUGAUGGUGGGCAUUAUAUCUCUAUUGUGAAGGACCAGGGCCGGGGCGUGUGGAGGAAGUUCGAUGACGAGAGGCAUGUGGACUUGGAUCCAAUGAAACUGAACCCCCGGGAUAGACUUCAAAACGGGGAAGCAUAUAUCGUGUUUUAUCAGAGAGCUCAGGGCCGAUGA